AUGGUGAACGGCGUUACACCGGCACAGAUACUGUGCGGAACUCAAGGAACAGACACGGGGCAAUGUAGGAAUAGGCAUAUAGAAUUACCUGGAUCGAAACUUCCUACUCUGCCCAGAGGUUUACCAGAUAUAAGAGGUCUCAGCGAGCUCCAGGCUGGUCGCGAGGAAUGGCUGGUCGGUGAUGCGAUCGAUAGAUCGCUGAAAGUGUACCGCGACGCCUUGCCGAAGAUGGCAAGAGAAAUGAUCCAUAUUGUAGACACGAGCCUCGGCGACUGGUUUGACGAAAGCGACGUGGUAUUCAACCGUGCAAUGGGGAAAAAUUAUAGAAGAUUCUACCGAAGCUUCAAAACAACCGAGUACACUCUGUGGCCGAUGAACGUCCAUGGUAACCAUUGGGAGUUGGGCGUUAUCCGCAAAGAGAAAGCCACAACCGGUGAUUACCCAUGGACAAGAAUCGUCCAGUUUGCGAUUAUCGAUUCAUGGGAAGGUACAACGAGGGGUCCGCAGAGGCUAUUUGUCGAAGCCCGGGCUCAAAAGUUCUUCAAACAAAAUGGAUUUACAUUUGCUACGGACUACCGUCGCGACAUAGGAACCGGCAAUCAGCCGGACAUUUGGAGUUGCGGUCUCCGAACAUUUUGGGCGGCUAAGAUUAUGAUGAACCGGAUAGCUAGCCUGGUAAAGGGUGAUGUCUAUCGAUAUACGGACAAACUCUGGAUAGACCUGAGAGGCUGGUUCAAUCCCGACUUUACACGAUGGGAAAUGAUUGGCCUUAAUGCUUAUUCUGCUAUCCAAGAGAUGGGCUAUAAAGGACGUAUCGCGGUGGAAGUAGUCGACCAGGUUAGAGAGGGAACUGGGAAUGUGGAUGCGGCUAAAACGAUGACACCGCCCUCAGGUGGGGAUUCAGUCGUAGUCAACUUGGAUGAUGGUAGGAAGCACCCGAGAGAUGACACCGACGAUGUGGAGGAACAGCCUCCUACAAGAAGGGGAGUCGACGAUGAUCCACCGGUACCUAAUCAACAGGCGAUAGCACCGUCGUAUUCGAUAGCGCAGGGUAGCUAUCAGGCCUACGAUCUGGGGAGGGCUAAUCCGGUCUUCCCGCCGCCUUCCCAGCUUCUUAGUCAUAGACCUGCUCCUCCCACAACUUCGAGUACAGGAUCUAGAAUACCUAUUCCAGUCCCAGCUCCAGCCCCAGCACCUCAGCCUGCGAGACUCUUCACGCCGGAUGCAAGUGAUCAAUUCAACCGGAGGAGACGAGGAGGUGGUGGUGGUGGAGGAGGAGGACGGGGACGAAGAAGAGGACGAUGA